AUGAAUAUUUCAAAAAGCAGUAUUCAUCGAAUUUUACGUAAAGAUCUAGGUUGUUUUCCAUACAAGAAAAUUAAACAGCCAAAAUUAACAGAUGUUCAAAAAAAGAAAAGAGUUAAAUUUGCAAAUUGGGUUCUGAACAGUUACACCAACAGUGAUAUCACAAGGUGGUUAUUUUCGGACGAAAAAUAUUUCGAUCUGAAUGGCAUAUACAAUAAUCAAAACGACUGGAUUUGGGCUAUAAGCAGGGAAGAGGCUGACAAAAGAGGAGCUAUUUAUGAAACAACUAAAUUUUCGGUGAAAGUUAUGGUGUGGUUAGGUGUAUAUAGUGAAGGAUUGUCGGUGCCGGUGAUUUUUGAAGAUGGAUCAAUGGAUGCUCAACGAUAUAUCGAUGAAGCUCUUCCAAUAGCUCUAGAGUGUGGUAACGAAAUGUUAGGAGAAUAUUGGACGUAUCAACAAGAUGGUGCACGACCUCACAUACAUUAUCUCAGUCAAAAAUAG